AGACUCAGAAAAGAAGAAACCUGUUGCGUCGUUAUUAAAGAAGUUCUCGUUAGAAGUGUAUGUGGGUUUCUGUGCUUUUGCUCUGACCAACUGAGACGGGCUUUUACAAACAUUAGACGCACGUGGUUUCAGCUGUUGACAUGGGACUGCGGUGGAUUGUUUCGGGGUGGUUGAUAUUGAACGUUUAUUUCUUCAGCGCUCAAGCUGGUGUACCGUACUAUGGAACAAAGAUUGGAACUUUCAAGACUUUUGCACAUGACGUAGUGGGUGACGUUUAUGCAGUAGAUGACAGGACAAUCUUUCUGAAAGAUUUUUCCUAUGACGGUCAAGGUCCAGAUGCUUUUUUCUGGGGAGGAUCUUCUUCUAAGCCAGAUACAUCCGGUUUCAUAAUACCAGAUGAAAAAGGAAAGAAAACGCCUCUGAAGGAAUACAGAAACAAAGACAUACUUUUACGGCUGCCUGCCGGAAAAACUCUCAGGAACAUAAAUUGGAUCUCAGUUUGGUGUCGCAAAUUUAGUGCCAAUUUUGGAGAAAUCUUCAUCCCUGAAAACUUGCUCAUUCCUCAGCCCGUUGAAAUUGGUCGCAUUCCUACCAAAGAACACGGAGUUUCUUCAGGACCUGUGAUGGUUGUAGACACUCAGACAUUAUUAGUUCCAGAAUUCACAUACGAUGGCUUAGGACCUGCCGCCUACUGGUGGGUGUCACGUGGAGCUCGACAACACCCGAGAGGUCUCAGAUUACCAGAUGAGCAUGGAAGUUACGCCCCGUUGCCAAAAUACACUGGAAAAACAGUAGUCAUUACUCUGCCAGAGGACUAUACCAUCUAUGAUUUUGAUUGGUUCGGAGUAUGGUGCGAUGAAGCAAGAGUUGAUUUUGGAAGUGUAGCUCUACCACAGAAUAUUGUCGUUCCACCUUCUCCACGUUCCCUAGGAAUUGAAUUAGAGUACAAGCUAAACUGUGAAGUUUUGCGUGAUGACUUAGGUUUUGAAGUCAGAUGGAUCAUGGAUGGAGAAGAUAUAGUCAUGCAACUCGUUGCUAGGCUAGAACCUGGCGAAUACAUGUCAUUCGGUUUAAGUAAAAAUGACACAAAGUCGGACAUGAUUAAAGCCGAUGCCAUUGUUGCCUGGAUUGACAAGAGAAAAAGAGGGCAUGCUGUCGAUUACUAUUUGGGAAGUAAAGAACAGUGUGUAGGUCGCAGAGGCAGUUGUCCUGAUGUUAAAUUUCCAGAUGGACAGGACAGUGUACAACUCCUCAACGCAGCAGCCGUCAAUGGGUAUACGAUGAUAACGCUUAAAAGACCUCAAGUUGGAAUUGACGAGAAAUACGAUCAGCAUGUGUAUUCAGACGGACCCCAAGCAAUAGUUUGGGCGAUUGGACCCCUGAAUGAAAAAGAUGAAGUUUCCUAUCAUGGAGCCCUGCGAUCAGAAGGCGAUGUAUACAUCGACUUCGCCAGGCCUCCACAGUGGAAUUGUCCUCAACCGGCAGACCCUGAUCAUGUGUCUGAAAGUACAACUACCACCACCACCACAACAACUAGGAAGCCAACGAAACGGCCUUCUACUUCUGAAAGAAGUCGCAAGCCGAAGCCCACUUCUGCUACAUUUCGUCGAAAACCUCAACCUAUUGGACCCCGAUAUGCUAGCAGAGCUUCUGAUGUUGGGCUCAGUGCAUCUACAGUCAACACUGCCUGGAAUGUCCCUCCAAUAAUGUGCCCAUCUGACCGAACUUUCCGUGCUCAGAUUGGACCUACUGGUGGAAAGAAGGGAUACCAGUCAAUUACUGGAGAUGUUGGCUGGGGUAUUGCUUGGUACAUCAAUGGUGUCCUCAUACCAGAAAUUACUGUGGAAAGAGGCAAAACGUACACUUUUAUCGUAGAAGGAGGACAUGAUGUGGAAAACCCCGCUAGGACGCAUCCCUUGUAUAUCACAGAUGACCCAGAAGGAGGAUUCGAGUACAAAUCAGCUGCAGAAAAAAAGAAAGUAAAAGUGUAUGCUGGUGUUUCUAAAGAUCGAAGAGGAAAUUACUCUCCUACAGCAAUGGGUCGUCUUUGCGAGUGGAAGUUGCCAAAGGAUUUGACGUCAGACGAUUUCGAAACUUUCGAUGAGUUCCAAGAAAGUCUCGAAUUGAGAUGCGAAAGGGGCAAACCUGGUCGAUUGAUAUUCAAACCUGAUCAAGAUACACCUGAUUUGCUGUACUAUCAAUGCUACACCCACCGCCAUCUUGGGUGGAAAAUACACGUCGUUGAUUCAUGCAGUGAAGUUAAAGGAUUACAUCACGAGGCCAGCGUACAACACGUAAAGAAUGUCACAUACAACACUUACGCCAGUGAUUAUAAAAGAGGUGGAGACAAAAAAAGAAUAUCUUUAUCAUCUGAUGAAGAGAGUUCAGAAAUUAGCUAUGAACCAAAAUAUUCAGGAAAUGACGGACUUCCAUUAAAUUUACCUUCCGAUGACAGCAAAACAUUGACGGAAAAGAAAACCAUUACGUCAGAUGAACCACAGAAGCAACUGUACUACCGUCCUACCGCUAGUGUUUACUACAGUCCCAAGACUACUCAGGCAAGCAAAUCUACAUGGAAUAAUUUGUAUUACUUACCAACAACAGAAACUAGUAAGCAAAAUCAAUAUUUUUUCACUACUCCGGAAUCGAAAAGUCUUUAUUAUAAACACUCCACUACUCGCGCUCCUACAACCAGAAAGUCUCAUUCAGCUACUCAUAAAAAACACGUAACCCCAAAAAUGGAAGUUUUUCACAUUCGGGAUGUGAUCCCUUCAAAUGGGCAGCAAGGACAAUAUAUCUUGAACAAGUCACCUACGGAGAAAUCAACAGCCGGUGUAAAGACUAUUAUACUAAGUCCUACUCAGAGAACUCCUGGUAGAGUCAAAAUCCAUCAGAAUACCCAACAGCCAUACCGUAGUUCCGGUGGAGAAAGGAGUAAAACGCAGUGGUGGAUCCAGCCAACUACACCAGCUUCUGAUCGCCAGAAAGCUUUACAUAAAUUGAGAUCCCAGUUGGAUGUAAUACAAGGCACAAAAACGGAACCAAAAUCUUCAAGCAAUUUGCAUCAUCAUAGAGCACAACCGUACAGUGUACAUUAUGAGAACAGUUUUAUACCAAUUGUUGUGAAUAAUAAUGGAAGCUUUGACAAAGUUGUUGCCAGAGCACUAAGCCAUAAUCCACAUUUCUCCCAUCACGGAAGCCCAGCUGGACACAUAUUAGCAUUAACCACUACAAAUCAAAAUGGUAGAAGUGUUAUUCCUGUUCUCAUAAGGGCUAAAGAACCUGUUAGGCGAACGGUUGCCAGUUCUAAAGAAAGUGGCAUCCAGACGCCUUUAGGAAGAUUGCCUUAUCCCAAUCCUUCUUCCAGGCGUAAGAAUGCUGAUGGGGAUAGUAAGUCAGGAGAAUCGUACCUGCCGCUUCUUGUGCCAGAGCGAAAAGCAAAUAAAUCCUCAGCUGCAACAAAACAGCGUGUUGCACCUUUGAUACCAUUAGUUGUACCAGAAAAGAAAGGGGACAACUUAUAUAUUUUGCACCAAAUGUUGUCUCUUUUGAAUGAAAAUCCGCAAAAUAUAGCAGCUAGGGGUAUUAAAAUUGUUAAUAACAACAGAGAAAGGAAUGUACGAACGAGAGUUGCAAGAAGUGCAGAUCAUCAUCACGAACAUUCUUCUGGUCAUGAGCACGAAGAUCACGACCCAAAUCAUGAAGGCCAUGAAAUGCAUCACAAAGAGCAUUCCCAAAAGUCUACAGCAUCCAUAUUGCCGGUACCAUUCCAUUUGCUGUUAUUCAUCUGCGCCGCGUAUUUAUUAAAGCCGUUGCAAAUGCUGUCUCUACGAUGAUAGUAUAGUGAACACGUACAGCAGCCAAAAGUCAUUUAUUUAACACUUGCAUUUUAUUGUAUUAUAUGCAUAAAAUAUUAUUACGAUAAUACUAGUAUUUCAUAGAUUACUAUGAAAAGGUACAAACAUUUAGCAUACAGCUCAGGACUAAAUCCUUAGGAAUAUGGAUCCUUACAUAUGAAUCCUUAGGACUGAAGUUUAUAAGUUUAUCCACCGUGCACUAUUAUAUCUGUAAAGUGGUAUAAAGUAGCACAUGUUUCAUGGUAAAUAUAAACUUUGGCUUUUCAUGUGAUAAUUUCGCAAAAAAAUUAUGCCUUUUUAUGCCAUGAAACUGGAAAGAAAGAAAUACUGUUUUAUUGAGCGGUAUGUGUCCCACUUAUUGUUGAAUUCAUCAUGUGUAAUAGAGCAUUUAUUAUAUUUUAUUAUUUUUUGGUAUGUUUCCAUUAAGGAACAAUUCAUCCUGUCUUGUUAUGCAUGCCUAAAAAGUAAUGAAUAAAAGUAUUAUUUAACCAUUCUAAAA